ACGGCCUCUCUAUUCUCGUAGGUAACGUGUAGACGUGCACAAUGCCAGACAAAUAAGCUCUACAUAAACGGGCACAUUUCGACUCCGGAGUCAAAAUGAGGCAAUAAGUUUGAUUUAUUCACAAAGUAACCCAAAGAAUAAUUGCUUUCCACAAAUAAUGUAUGGUAUUUUUAUCCGGUCAUACGGUUUGAUGGGUUUUUAAGUUUGCUUAAUACAUAAUGGUAUCGAUGAGAAAAUUAAAUCAAUCAAAAGGUGUUCAUAAAAUAUUUUCUAUAGUUGUAUUGUUAGAGUUUAUAUCGAUUUUUGUUCAAUCUAGUGAAUCGGACAAUUAUAUCAGUGCGCUUUUAACAAAGACGAAAAUUAUUCCCGAUGUUUUGGAUGUAGCGCCGCAAAACGAAUUAAAGAUUAAAUACGGAGCGCAAUCUGUAAAAUUUGGAACGCUUCUUCUGCCCACCGUUGUUCAUGAAGCUCCAAGUUUCGUCGACUGGCCGUAUGAUCCAAAAGCAUUCUAUACUUUAAUAAUGACAGAUCCUGACGCUCCCUCAACUUCAAAUCCAUACAAUAGAGAGUGGCAACACUGGGUUGUUGGAAAUAUUCCAGAACUAAGAGUAGACCUUGGAGAAGUUCUAACACCAUACAUUGGAGCGAUUCACCCAAAAGGGGAUGGACUGCACAGGUACGUUUUCACUGUCUACCAUCAGCAUGGAAAAGUAAACUUCACCGAUCUAAUCUUAGACGAAAGACCGGCGGACGUGUUUCGGGCAAACUUUUCAACCAGAGAUUUUGCAAGCCGCUACAACUUUGGCGAUCCUCAUGCUGUUAAUUAUUUCAUCGUGAGCUGGGGAACCCGUAAAUCUCAGCGUUGAAAUUUACUAUUGAACCGCAACACAAUAAUUUUGAUUGUCAUUCCAAGUAUGUAGGACAUAUCAGGUAUCAGGUAUCAGUGUAUGCAUGAGACAGAUUGUGUUCGGCGCUUUUUAUUUGUCUGCAGGACGGUAAAACUAAAUGUUUACCAAACUUACUUACUACUACUUACAAACUUACUAACUACUUACUUUUUGGAGUGGGAAUAUUAGUUAGUAUUAUGUGAAUUAGAAAAUGUAACUGUGAUAUUUGCAUGACGCCGCAUUUGAGGAUUAGUUCUUAAGUAGUUCCGAUUCAAUUAUUCAUCAAAAUUUUUCUCAUUAAAUUUGACUAUGUUUGUGUUUUUGUACAUAUUUUAUAAUUUCAAAGGCCAUCUUUUCCAGGGAUUAAAAAUUGACUGAUGCAUUUCAAUA